AAGAUCAGAAGUCCUAUCUCAAAUUGCAUUUCAACACCUGAUUUUAAAAAAUCAUAAGAAAUAGGUAGAACAGCAGAGAAAUGGAAUCAUAAGCUGCUGAGAAGGCCUGUGGCUAACAUUUAUGGGACAGAACAAGAGAUCAAAUGGAGGCUCCAGCUAUCUUUUGUCUCACUCCGACUCCGUCCUGUGCCUUGAGAGCUCCCCCAUGGUGGCAUCCUAAACUCCUCCCUGAGUGGAGGAGGGCAAGGGAGCCAGGACACAAAGUGAAGGAAGGAUGGAGUGACUCUGGAGGGACAAGUGGAAGAUACUCAGCACAACCAACACUAUGUAACAUAUCAGGCACAAUUUGAUCAAAAGAGGAUGCCCCGUGGACCCAGACAAACCUGAUUUCACAUCCUGGAUCUAUAAGUAUCAAGAGCUAGGCCAGUAUAAAGUGAGAGGACGCCCGGCCGCCCCGCCCGCCAGCUGCAGCCCCUACCUGGGACCUUGGUCACUCCACCCGCUGGAUCCCAGAGAGCCCCUAGCUCCAUUGCACCAUGUGUGGGAUUUGGGCCCUCUUUGGCAGUGAUGACUGCCUUUCUGUUCAGUGCCUGAGUGCUAUGAAGAUUGCACACAGGGGUCCAGAUGCAUUUCGCUUUGAGAAUGUCAAUGGAUAUACCAACUGCUGCUUUGGAUUUCAUCGGUUGGCAGUGGUUGACCAGCUGUUUGGAAUGCAGCCAAUCCGAGUGAAGAAAUAUCCUUAUUUGUGGCUUUGUUACAACGGUGAAAUCUACAACCACAAGAAGAUGCAACACCAUUUUGAAUUUGAAUACCAGACCAAAGUGGAUGGUGAAAUAAUCCUUCAUCUUUACGACAAAGGAGGAAUUGAGCAAACAGUUUGCAUGUUGGAUGGGGUGUUUGCAUUUAUUUUGCUGGAUACUGCCAAUAAGAAAGUGUUCCUGGGCAGAGAUACUUAUGGAGUCAGGCCUUUGUUUAAAGCCAUGACGGAAGAUGGAUUUUUGGCUGUGUGUUCAGAAGCUAAAGGUCUUGUUAACUUGAAGCACUCCACAACUCCUUUUUUAAAAGUGGAGCCUUUUCUCCCAGGACACUAUGAAGUUUUGGAUUUAAAGCCGAAUGGCAAAGUUGCAUCAGUGGAAAUGGUCAAAUAUCAUCACUGUAGAGAUGAGCCCCUGCAUGCGCUCUAUGACAAUGUGGAGAAACUCUUCCCAGGUUUUGAGCUAGAAACUGUGAAGAACAACCUCCGGAUCCUUUUUGACAACGCCAUAAAGAAACGCUUAAUGACAGACAGAAGGAUUGGCUGCCUUUUAUCGGGGGGCUUGGAUUCCAGUUUGGUUGCUGCCACCCUGUUGAAGCAGCUAAAAGAGGCUCAAGUACAGUACCCUCUCCAGACAUUUGCGAUUGGCAUGGAAGACAGUACUGAUUUACUCGCUGCUAGAAAGGUGGCAAAUCACAUUGGGAGUGAACACCAUGAAGUCCUCUUUAAUUCUGAGGAAGGCAUUCAGGUCCUGGAUGAAGUCAUAUUUUCCUUGGAAACUUAUGAUAUUACAACAGUACGUGCUUCAGUAGGUAUGUACUUAGUCUCCAAGUAUAUUCGGAAGAACACAGAUAGUGUGGUGAUCUUCUCUGGAGAAGGUUCAGAUGAGCUUACGCAGGGUUACAUAUAUUUUCACAAGGCUCCUUCUCCUGAACAAGCCGAGGAGGAGAGCGAGAGGCUUCUGAAGGAACUCUACUUGUUCGACGUUCUCCGGGCAGAUCGCACUACUGCUGCCCACGGCCUUGAAUUGCGCGUCCCUUUCCUGGAUCAUCGAUUUUCUUCCUAUUACUUGUCUCUGCCCCCAGAUAUGAGAACUCCCAAGAAUGGGAUAGAAAAACAUCUCCUGAGAGAGACAUUUGAGGACUCCAAUCUAAUACCUAAAGACAUUCUCUGGCGGCCAAAAGAAGCAUUCAGUGAUGGAAUAACCUCGGUUAAGAAUUCCUGGUUUAGGAUUUUACAGGAAUAUGUUGAACAUCAGGUUGACGAUACAAUGAUGGCGACUGCAGCCCAAAAAUUUCCCUUCAAUACUCCUAAAACUAAGGAAGGCUAUUACUACCGUCAAAUCUUUGAACGCCACUACCCAGGCCGGGCAGACUGGCUGACCCAUUACUGGAUGCCCAAGUGGAUCAAUGCCACAGACCCUUCUGCCCGCACUCUGGCCCAUUACAAGUCAGCCGCCAAAGCCUAGGCACCAUCUGAGCUAUCCAGUGAAAGGAAACAUUCCUCCUAUGAUGAGUAGGGGGCUUGGGGGCAGGAGGGGGAGCAGUGAGCAUCAACCAUUCCGGCUUGUUGGGCAUGGAAAAAAAUAAAAGUCUUGAAUCUGA